GCCUCAGGCUACAUGCAGAGAUGCAGGUGAAAAAUCAGAUGUGCAGCGAGCGCAUCUCCGGCAGCGGCGACGAUGACCCAGAGCAGGACGACGUCAGCCAAAAGAAGACCUCGUGUUUUUCCAACAUCAAGAUAUUCCUGGUGUCGGAAUGCGCGCUUAUGCUGGCGCAGGGUACCGUGGGCGCUUAUCUGGUGAGUGUCCUGACCACGCUGGAGAGGCGCUUCAACCUGCAAAGCGCUGAUGUGGGCGUCAUCGCCAGCAGCUUUGAAAUCGGGAACCUGGCCCUCAUCCUUUUUGUCAGCUACUUUGGCGCCAAAGCUCACCGGCCGCGGCUGAUCGGCUGCGGCGGCAUCGUCAUGGCGCUGGGGGCGCUUCUGUCCGCCCUGCCUGAAUUCCUCACCCACCAGUACGAAUACGACGCCGGCGACUCAUGGCACGCGGAGGACGGCCGUGACGUCUGCUCCAACAGCUCACGCUCGGACAACAACGACUCUGCGUACAAGUGCGGCGACCGGGCCAACACCAACAUGAUGUACCUGCUGCUGAUCGGCGCUCAGGUGCUGCUUGGCAUCGGCGCCACCCCCGUCCAGCCUCUCGGGGUGUCCUACAUUGACGACCACGUCCACAGGAAGGACUCCUCUCUGUAUAUAGGUAUUUUAUUUUCCACUUUAGUGUUUGGGCCUGCGUGUGGCUUCAUCUUAGGUUCCGUCUGUACCAAAGUCUACGUUGAUGCCGCCUUCAUUGACACCAGUGAACUGGACAUCACCCCAGAAGACCCUCGCUGGAUCGGGGCCUGGUGGGGGGGCUUCCUCCUGUGCGGUGCCUUACUCUUCCUGUCGGCCCUCUUCAUGUUUGGCUUUCCUCAGGCCCUGGAUGAGCAGGGCCUGGAUGGCGGCGGGGAGAGCGAGCAGGCCAUGCUGCCUUCCCCUCUCAGCCUGGACUACCAGGACAAAGUGCGGGGGGGCAUCCACGGCUUCGACUUGAACAGCGGACUCUCAGUAUGCCAGCAUCUUAGAGUGAUCCCGCGAGUGACCAGGCACCUUCUGUCCAAUCCCGUGUUCAGCUGCAUCACACUGGCGGCUUGCAUGGAGAUUGCCGUGGUCGCCGGUUUUGCCGCUUUCCUGGGAAAAUACCUGGAGCAGCAGUUCAACCUCACCACCUCUUCGGCCAAUCAGCUACUUGGCAUGACAGCCAUCCCGUGCGCCUGCCUGGGCAUCUUCUUGGGCGGGUUGCUGGUGAAGAAGCUGAACCUAUCGGCCUUGGGCGCCGUACGUAUGGCCAUGGGCGUCAACCUGGUGUCCACGGCCUGCUACGUCUCUUUCCUUUUCCUGGGCUGCGACACCGGCCCCGUCGCUGGGGUGACGGUUGCCUACGGUAACGAGACGCUACGGCACUGGCAGCGACCCGAUUCUCCUUGCGUCAGCAGUUGCAACUGUUACACGUCCUCGGUGAGCCCUGUGUGCGGCUCCAACGCCGUCACCUACCUCUCCGCCUGCUUCGCCGGCUGCACCAAACCGGUGAGUGAGCACACGCAUCCUUUGGACCUCAUGUACAAUCCCGACGCUGCACAAAACAGAUCCUUGACGGUCCCACCGACUGUUUGUCAGAACCUGACAGGUUGCGCGUGCAUAUCGAGCAACGUCGAGGAGGCGGUGGCUUUGCCGGGCAAGUGUCCGAGUCCGGGUUGCCAGCAGGCCUUCCUCACCUUCCUGUGCGUCAUCUGCCUGUGCAGUAUGAUCGGAGCCAUGGCUCAGACGCCCUCCGUCAUCAUCCUCAUCAGGACGGUGAGUCCAGACCUGAAGUCCUACGCCCUGGGGGUCCUCUUCCUACUCCUGAGACUUAUCGGUUUCAUCCCGCCGCCGCUGAUCUUCGGCAUGGGCAUCGACUCGACCUGCCUGUUCUGGAGCUCGGUGUGCGGCGAGAAGGGCGCCUGCAUGCUGUACGAUAACGUGGCCUACCGCCACCUCUACGUCAGCAUCGCCAUCGUGCUCAAGUCGUCAGCCUUCGUCCUCUACGCCACCACCUGGCAGUGCUUGAGGCGCAACUACAGGAAGUACAUCAAGAGCAGCGAGGGCUACCUGACGCCCACCGAGCUCUUCUCCUCCAACGUGACUCUGGACCGCCUGGGCAAGGAGUCGGUCCACUCGGACGCCGCCAGCCGGACCAAGUUCGUCUUCAACCUGGAGGACCCGGAGCCGUCCGACAACAUGGAAUCGGUCUUGUAGUCGCCACGGUUACGCGACCGGCGGGAUUCUCCUCAUCAAGAGCCUCAUCUUCCUCUUCGCCGCACACAAAGGUUGCACUAAACUCAUUUUCAUUUUUUACUGAAGGAUGGACAUACUUGAAAUUAAUUCUGUCUUAUUUUGCAAACUUAACAGCAUUUAUGUCAAGCGUAAUAUCGCCACUGUCCAACUAAAUGCAUGUAGCGCUACAUUUUUAGCUGCCGAAAAAAAACUUUUUGGGUUUGUCUGGAGAAAAAAAAAAAAAAAACGAACAAUUUGCUUUAGCGACAAAAAAAAACUUUUGGUUUGGCUCAAGACAAAAUUAUUUUAAAAAAAAAAUUCAUUUUCAUACAAUUUGGAGAUUCCUGUUUUUUAAUUGGACAUCCUUCAUAUUCAUCUAAACAUAAAUAGGUUUAGAAUUCACCAUUAGACAUAAUUUAAAUAAGAUGCUAUUAUAACUUGCGUAUUAAUGUGAAAAUGUUUUAAUUAGACAAUUUUAUAUUAGUCAUAAAAUCUAUCAGCUAUUGAUGACAUUGAUUAGAUUAGUCUAAUUUAUCAUUUGUAGCGACUCAACUAGCAAUUAAGUCACAAGUUGUGACACUUGAAUAGGGAAUUUGCACAUUUAGUUUUGACGCAAAUGGAUUUUAUUCGUGGUUUAUUCAUAAGAAAGAGAUUCGUGAAAAUUAACACAUGAAAUUUUGUACCAUCACACUCGCAGUGGAACCUCUUAAGUCCAUUUUGGAUUUCCAUAGAAUUAGUCAAACUGCUGAUUGUUUAAAUGAACAUUUACAUUUUUACAUUUUGCAAGUGUAAUAAGAAAUUGCAGUAACUUUAAUGACACUAAUGCUAGUGUCAUACUGUUUUUAAUAUAAUGUCACUUCCUCAAAGGAAGUUUUAAAGACCACAAAGGAAAACAAAAAUUCUUCUAAAUUGGUGUCCUGUCAAAUUGGACUUUCGAGGCUCUACUGUGUUCCACAACACCUUCGAUGUAGCGUGUUGUCAUCAGUGUAGCAAUCAGCACCGCCUGUGUGCCACAACACAACAUCAUCCUCGUAAAAAAAAAAAAAAACUAUCCAAAACCGGGACGUACCAUAUCCGCCGUGUGUGUGCGUGUGUGCGUGAGUGUGUGCAUACAAAGUGCCAAAGUGACGCAUCAUCAUGGACCAACACCACAAACCUCCUCCAGCUUGUAUGUAGCCUUUCUGCGACAUAUUAAGCAACUUGUUGGGUGUCCGUGCUCUAGAGGAAAUAGGAUGUCCUCACUGUUGCUAGGUAGAACUUUCAUCAAGUGGACGUGCUCUUUUCUGUUUGCAUCCACGCCGCCGAAAAACUCGGCGGAUACAUAAGAGCAAACCGACUUUAGCGUGCCUGGAACGUCCUUGACGACCAUGUUGUCGUUGCCGUGACAACACCGGCUAAAAGAAAAAGUAGACGCUGUUUUUCUUUUAGCACUUUAAAUGUUUUUUGCCUUGUGAUGCGAAAAAGUAACCUUUAGAACAGCAAUGCCUUUUUUAUCGUGCAAGUACUAAUGAAGAUUUCUUCAUAUUCAACAUUUUUCAAUACAUUUAAAACCAUUCAGAAAAUUCAUUACAUCUUGGUAGAUAAGAAACUUCAAUUAAAAUUUUAGGUUGGGGAAUUCAACCAAAAAUAUUUUGCUAAUGUAAAAAUUGGCUUUCAGCAAAGAAAUAAGAGUUUACAGAGCUAAUAAUUUCUUGAUAGUUCCCCAAAUUAAAAUAUAAGAACAAAAAAAAAAAACUCAGCUUCUCAACUUCAAACUGUUCAGCUCAUUCAAAAUAUCUUGGGAAGAAAUUUUCAAAUCCCUCAAAUUAUGACAUUUUUCAUGACAACAUUCCCAAAUCAAUAGCUAUAUUUUAUUUUUGAAUCCCCUAUCAUUUCAUCAAGCUUUUUUCAUUCUUUAUUUUUCCCUCAUUUUAGUUCAUUGCGCAACAUUUCAGUUUUGCAUCAGCUCGUUCUACAGAAAUUGCAUCCUCUAGUUGUGAUGAUAAAAUGAUGCUUUAUUUUUAUGAACGUGCAUUAUGGGGACCUGGUAACAGGUUAACCUUUUUUUCUUUUCUAGCAAAUUGCACGCAGAGUUUACUUUGGGGAUGAUAUUGAAUGAAUUAAUAAUAAUUAAACAGAGGAGGGAAAAGGGGCAUUUAAGUAGAAAAAUUCACUUUUUUAUAUAAUUUAGAUUUUUUUUUCAAUUACAUAAAUUUGUAUUUAUUAAAAAAAAAAGCUUUAUGUCCUGUAUAUUAUUUGGAAAGGAUUACGAUGAUUGUAUGUUCAUUGUAUAUAAAUUAAAUAUACUAUUUUUGCUUUUAAUAUUAA